UUGAAGCAAUCAUUGGCGGAAAUAGGUCUAUGCAUGUGUCAGCAAUGCUUGGCAGAAAUAGGUAUAGUUGCAAUAAAAGACAAAACUCGAUUGAAUCAGAUGUGUCUGAUUUUGAUUCUUCUGAUGCAUAUCAAACUAGUAAUAGAUGGUGGAUUUUCAAAGGUUUUUGCAAGCUUAUUUUAUGGAAUAUAACGAAACACAACCCUAGUAGUAUAUAA